AUAACGUGAACCAAUCAAAACAAGUCUCUCACAUUAAUUACCCAAAACAUCCUCCACUGCUAAGCAGAGAGAUGUCGACGAAGUGAUGUCUGCUUGAGCAGCUUCACUCGCACUUCUUAUAUUGGGAGGAAAAAAAAUAACAGAAAGCAAAGUUUCGAGAGCUUCUCAGGCAAGUGAUAACAAUUAAACCAUGAGAAGCGACAGGGAGGAAGAUCCAAAGAAUGCUACUGUUGAUUCAAGAUUCAACCAAACUCUCAGAAAUGUUCAAGGGUUGCUAAAGGGACGCAGUUUCCCUGGCAAAGUACUGAUUACACGGAGGUCAGACCCAGUGGAUAACUCAAUAGUGAGAUCUCCGGAUAAUCAUGGCAGUCUAAGAGAUAGUGAGACGGGACCAAGCCAACAGACAGAUGGAUCUUUUGAGGAUGAGCUGCAAAAGAGAAGCAAUCUGAAUGCUAGCUCAUCCGCUAGCCAGUCAAAAUCGUCCACGUCAAAUUCAGAACACACGUCCAACGAAGUACAGAAGCCAUCGAUGGGCUCAAGAGCUACUGAUUCAGCUAGGCUAAUGAAAUUCACCAAAGAAUUAUCAGCGCCAACUGUUAUUCUAGAAAAAUUGCGUGAAUUAGCUUGGAAUGGUGUCCCGUCAUAUUUGCGACCCAACAUAUGGAGGCUUCUUUUGGGAUAUGCACCCCCUAAUUCAGAUAGAAGGGAGGGAGUUCUGAGAAGAAAGCGUCUAGAUUAUCUUGAUUGUGUUGCUCAGUACUAUGACAUUUCAGAUAUUGAGCGCACAGAUGAAGAGAUCAACAUGCUUCGGCAGAUUGCUGUUGACUGCCCUAGAACGGUGCCUGAUGUUUCUUUUUUCCAACAAGCACAAGUUCAGAAAUCCCUGGAGCGCAUACUCUACAUUUGGGCCAUCCGGCACCCUGCCAGUGGAUAUGUGCAGGGAAUAAAUGAUCUUGCAACACCAUUCUUAGUUGUUUUCUUGUCAGAACACUUAGAAGGGAGCAUUGACAAAUGGAUGAUGUCUGAUCUGCCUUCUGAGAAAAUAUCUAACAUAGAAGCUGACUGUUAUUGGUGUCUAUCAAAAUUGCUUGAUGGGAUGCAAGACCAUUACACAUUUGCUCAACCAGGAAUCCAGCGCCUUGUGUUUAAGCUAAAGGAGUUGGUUAGACGGAUAGAUG